AUGAAAUUCGACGAGAUAAUUGAAAUUUUAGGAGAAUUUGGAACUUACCAGAAAAGGAUAUAUUAUCUGCUAUGUUUGCCAACCAUAUCAUGUGCAAUUCAGAUGCUUAUACCGGUCUUUAUACUUAAUGUUCCUAAUCAUAGAUGUCAACUACCGAGUGUAUUUAAUGAUACUUCGUAUUUUCCCCAGACCAAUCGGCUGUCUUUUUAUGUCAACCAUUCCAUACCAUUAGAUAAGAAUGGUGAAUGGGAGAAGUGUGACAGAUAUGAUGUCAAUCUCACCUCCUACACUAAAGAGUCAGCAGUCGAUGUUAACGCUACCAGAUCAGACUGUAGUAAAUGGGUGUACGAUACCACUACAUUCGUCGAUACUUUUAUCACAGAGCAAAAUAUGAUCUGUGCGGAUUCUAUCUAUCGUUCCCAUGCAAACAUGAUUUUAAUGGCUGGUUUGCUCGUUGGUGCUUUUGGUUUCGGCAUUUUAUCUGAUAUAAUUGGUAGAAAGAAAGCGUUGUUAUGUUCUGUAUUGCUUCAUAUUGGUGGAUCUAUAGCAACAUCAUUCGCUCCCAAUUAUACAGCCUUUGUGACCAUCAGAUUCAUAACCGGGGCUUCCAAUGCUGGUUCAUUUAUGUCAGCCUUUGUUUUGGGCGUGGAGAUGGUUGGCCCAUCUAAAAGAACAUUUGCUGGAAUAGUUAUAGAAAUGUUUUGGUGCAUUGGAUUAUUUAUACUCAGUAUGGUGGCGUUCUUAGUUAGAGAUUGGAGUACUUUACAACUGUCAUUAUCAGUUCCAUCGACACUUUUACUUAUUAUGUUCUGGUUUGUUCCCGAAUCUCCAAGAUGGUUAGUUUCAAAGAACAGAACUGAAGAAGCUGAAAAAAUCUUACGAAAGGCAGCUAAAGUGAAUAAAGUUGAACUACCUGUGAAGCUGUUUGACAAAGAUACACUCGAUGAUGGACCACAAGCUAAAGUAUGGGAAAUGUUUACAUCACCAAUUCUACUAAUAAGAUCCCUGAUUAUUUUCUUUAAUUGGAUGGUUGUAAGUAUGGUAUAUUAUGGAUUAGGUUUAAAUGUGAGCAACUUAGGUGGAGAUAUUUACGUUAAUUUUACUAUCGCCAACAUUGUGGAGCUUGUUGCCUACUUCCUGUGUUUGUUGCUGUUAGAUAGAAUGGGAAGGAAAGCUUUACAUUGUACCAGUAUGUUAUUAGGUGGUAUAGCUUGUCUCUGUACCAUAUUUCCGGUGAUUUAUGGCAACUCCUCCCAUGAAUGGAUAACCAUUACUCUGUCAAUGGUCGGCAAACUUGGUGCCUCUGCUGGUUUUGCUGUUAUUUAUGUGUUUUCUGCGGAAUUGUUUCCCACCGUUGUAAGGAACUCUGCGAUGGGUGUCAGUUCUUUCUGUGCUCGUAUAGGUGGAAUGGUAUCACCAUAUAUUGCUGAUUUGGGCGCACUAGUUAAAGGUGAUUUUGGUACAGCGUUACCGCUAUUAGUGUUUGGUGGUGUAUCUGUAGCAGCUGGUUUACUAUCACUCUAUUUACCAGAAACAUUGGAUAAAAAUCUCCCGGAAUCCAUAGAAGAUGCAAAAUAUUUUGGCAGGUGA